UGUACGCAGUCUACCCACGUGUUUGAACUAAAUCCUCGGGUAUUCGGGCGAUAUUCCGGCAGUCUUAUUAGCUCCGUGCUACCGAAUAGAAGGGAUCUCGUCGUUCCUCUAGACAACACUCUCAGCCCAAAACUACUUUCUACUAAUGAAAUGGAACAAACUAUUCCCAAGUCAAUGGCGGGAUUCUUUUUCCUGACCCUGGUGAUUCAAAUGACUGCAACUCAUUACAUAAGUUUUGACUCCCAAUCACCCAGAGAAGUAGCCAAUGAUUACGAUGACAGACCCAAAACCGUCGACGAUUCAUACACAAAUUCACUUACGGACAAUAUUGAGACACAUCAUCAUAAAGCGUUAAAAGCCAAACGGAAGCCUGUUAGAAUCACUGGCGGACCUCUUUUACUUGCCAAAGGACAAUCUGGAGAAUUAACGUGUACAGCUUACGGGUCACCAUUCCCGCAAAUCCAUUGGAUCCGCGGUGAUGAUUUACAGAGCCAAAUUGAAAAACUAAAAUACGUAAAUCUUGUCUACCACGAGCCGACCAAUGAAAAAGUUGAUUUUGGAAUCGUUAAAUCGAAAUACAUCGUCGACUGCGCUUCUGAAGCAGACAAAGGCAUCAUCCACUGCGUGUCAAUAGUCAAUGAGAAAGUCCAGGUAGCAUCGACAUACAUCGACAUUGAUGCCUCAACAAUAGACUUGUCCGAAAGAUGUAACCUGAUCCGCGCACCAGUGAUAACAAACUUCAUUUCAUCAAUGUUGGUAUCCCAGGACAGCUCGGUGGUGAUUCCCUGCACCGUCCAGGGCGAACCCAAACCAGACAUCAUUUGGCAAACGUAUAACGGCACAACAAUCACCCCGACCACGGAUCCACGGUACGAAUUGCUCAGCUCCGGAGACCUCUUGAUCUCCUCGCUCAAGUGGGUCGACAUGGACGGAUAUGUCUGCAUAGCCAAGUCUAAGUUUGGCGAAGAUCGUCAAUCAACGUUUUUAUAUCCGGUCCAAAAUGGAAGAUCGACUUAGAAAAAUGAUUUCGAUAGAUUUGUUUUAAUAGAAUUUAAUGAAGAUAAACCAAUGGCCAAUGAGAGUACUUGAAUCCACCUAUUUAAAAAUUAGAAUAAGUAGAUAGCUGACUAUUGUGCUAAAUUUAAAUACCGUAACAUAUAAAUUAUAUAUGGAAAAUAAUCUGCGUAAAAGAGAAAAAAAAUAAGCGGCUACGAACGAGUCAAAAAUAUAAAGAUAUUUAUAUAUAUAUAUAUACUAUGCAAUGUAAUUAUCUAGUCACCAAGUGGUAUAGGUAAACUUUCCAAUCAAUAACCUGGCCGGCCCAUAGUCAGUAAUUAUUAUAUUUAUAUUAAUUUAAUUAAUUAUUAUUAUUAUUUUUUUUAAUUUUAUUUUAACGCGUAACAUUCCCAAAAUGUAUUUUUUCAUUUAUUUAGUUACGUAUUUUUUUUAGUUAGCCAAUUGUUUAAUUGUGCAUAGUGCAAUUAUUAAUUGACGUAAAUUAAUAUUAUUUAAAUUAAAUUAUUAUUAUUGAAUAAAUAAAUAAUCAUUGUAAUAAAAAAUAUAUCUAAAAGUGAUGGUAAUGAUACUGAUAUGUAUAUUACCUCACAGAACAAU